AUGACUCUGAGGCUCUAUCAGCAGAGAAAUGGUCCGUACCUCAUGUCCCUGGGUUUCAGCAAACCUCUAACGGCCGUCGUCUGGAUUGCUGGUCCACUUACCGGUGUUCUUGGACAACCAUAUUUUGGCCUGUGCAGCGACCAAUGUCGUAUUACCUGGGGCAAGCGAAAAGCUUUCAUUGCGGGUGGUGCCUUGGUCAUUAUUUGUUCUCUACUUGCGCUGGCAUGGGCCGGGGACAUCGUGUAUACGGUUUCAUGGAUUGUGGGCUCAAGGCAGGAUCAUCGCAUCCUGCAAACGAUCACGAUGAUAUCCGCAGCUAUUUUCGUUUGGAUCUUGAAUUUCGCAACACAGCCUCUUCAAUGCGGGCUCCGUGCUCUUAUUGUCGAGAGCUGCCCGCCGGAGCAGAUUGAUAGUGCCAACGCAUGGGCUAGUCGCAUGAUUAGCAUUGGGAGUCUACUCGGCUAUGGUUCUGGCUUCGUGGAUAUCUCUCUCCUGAUGCAUACUGAAGGCGGACAUACACAAUUCAAGGCCCUUUGCGUGCUCGCAACAUGGAGCUUAGCCUUCACGGUUUGUGUGUGCUGCUCUACGAUACGGGAACGGGACCCAAAUCAGGAUGGGCCACCAAGCGUGGAGCUUAAGAGUAUAAUUGGAAAAAUUAAGCACAUAUACGGCAGUAUUUUCAAAAUUCCGCCACUGGUGGCGAUGGUCUGUAAGGCGCAGCUCUGCUCGUGGAUCGGAUGGUUCUCAUUCAUGUACUACAUAACGACGAAUUCUAAUAACCCCAUCAUCUUAGUGAAUCCGCACUUACAAGAAGCAGACUUACAGAACAUCCAGCCUGUGGACCUCGUAGAGGCCCAAAAGAGCGCAAAUCGACAUGGCUCGCUCGCACUGCUCAUGUUCGCAUUUGCUCAACUACUUACCAGCGUGGUAGCCCCCUCUCUAAUCACCAAGCAUCAAUUGGGCCUGUCAAAUCCAACCAUCGCUAAAACAGCACUAUCCCGAUUCCUAUCUCGGCAGCUCCAUACCCCAUGGUCCUCACUAUGUGCCCUUUGGAUGCUCUCGCACGCCAUUUUCGCAGCCUGCAUGUUCAGCACGCUCCUCGUUAGCAGCGUCGUAGGCGCCACCAUCCUUGUUGGGUUCGUAGGCAUCAGUGCCGCGCCGUCGCAGUUUGUGCCUUUCACCCUCAUCAGCCUUAUCCUCUCGUGGCACCAGACCACCUACCGCGCCACUAGGGACCUCACAACAGAUACGCCCACGAGCUACGUGACCCAACCCGGCAUCGUCAUGGGAAUCCACAACAUGUCAAUUGCAGCCCCGCAACUCAUUGCGGCCGUGGGUAGCAGCGCUAUUUUCUGGCUACUUGGUGCCGAUGGCGGGGGUAAAAGCAGGAGCACUGGCUGGGUUCUGCGUGCGGGUGGCAUUGCGGCGCUGGCGGCUAUUUGGAUGACGCUGAAGGUGCAGGAUGGGGCCGAGGAUGAGAACGAAGAUGCAUUGGCGGCCGAGCAAAGCUAUAUGCUGCUUCCUGACACGAUUUCGGAGCUGGACUUGGGAAUGGACCUGUAAAGGGUGUCUUGCCCAGAGAAAUGGAUGUAUAUAUCCCUCACUGCACGGUAACCCCUGUAUAUAAAUCUGCAUUAUCUUCUGCCAUAGAUAAAUCGGAUAACGGAGCUGGAUAGGAUGAUUAGCC